AUGUCAAAUAUAUUUCAAUCAUGUAAUAUUUAUUUAUCAACAGUGAGUAAUAAACAAACUCUAAGUAAAACAAUUAAAGAUAAUGGUGGUUCUGUAUCAUUUAUGUUAACAAAGAAUGUAACUCAUUUCGUUUGUGAUGAAAAAGAAGUUCAAUCCGAUUCAUUCAAUUACAAGAAAGCCAAAGGUUACAAUAUUCCAAUUGUAUCUGAAGAAUUUAUCACAGAGUCUGUCUCAAAAUCGAGUCGUUUACGAGAAUCUGACUUUGGUUUUGAUAAUGUUAAAAAGGUUAAACCAUUCUCAUACUUUGAUUCACCUUCUAAAUCACCAAUCAAAUCACCAAUCAAAUCACCAGAACCUAUUGCUCCAAUUGGUACAGUUUCUUUCACCUCCUCAACUAAUCCUUUAUCUUUCUCACCAUCAUCAUCAUCAUCAUCAUGGUCAUCCUCAAAUACCUUCACUACUUCUACAACACCAAUAGAAUCAGCAUUGCCAAUAUUACCACCAAAAGCCAUAGCCAAGAAAACUAUUGCAAAGGUUGUACCAAACCCAUCAACAUCUUCAACCACAUCAUAUACUCCAAUAUCAUCAUCAUCAUCAUCAUAUUCAACUACAUCAUACACCACACCAAUCUCAUCAUUUUCAUCCACUCAAUCAAAACCAACAAUUGAAAUUAAAUCUAACCCAAAAAAAAUCACAACCAAGUUAUACCCAUUAAAUGAUUCAAGACAACCAUCAUUUGCAAUAGGUUAUGAGGUUUUAGUAUCUCAUACAUUACAGUUUACAAAUUUAACAGGUAUUUCAUCAAAUAAUAAAUAUUAUCAUUUAGAAUUACAAAAAGAUUCUCAAGGAAUUCACCGUGUUUAUACUUCUUAUGGUAGAACUGAUGGACCAAAAACUUUAGAAGUUAGAUAUGUUGAUAAUUUAGAAGAUGGUAUUGAUCUUUAUUCAAGUAUUUAUAAUGAAAAAACAAGUGAUAAAAAAGGUUAUAAACCAGUUAAAUUGGAUUCAUCAUCAGUUAGUAGUUCAACUUCAACAGAAUCAUUAAUUACAGCUGAUAGUCAAUUAGAACCAUUAAUAAAGACAUUGGUUGAAAAUCUUUAUGUUGAAGCAACCACUCAAUUGACAAAUAGUUUUUCAGUUACAAUCACUGAACGUGGUAUUGAAACACCAUUGGGUGUCUUAUCAAUGGAACAAGUUGAAAAUGGUGAACUUGUUUUGAAAAAAAUCAAUACCUAUUUGAAUGGUACAACCAAUCCAUCAUCAGUAGAGUUGGAGAAAUUAAGUUCAGAAUUUUUCACAAUUAUUCCACAUAAACUUGGUAGAGGUUCAGAUGUUGUCUCAAAGAAUACCAUUAGAAAUUUGGAUCAAUUGAAUACCAAAUUCGAAUUACUUCAAUUAAUGAAAGAUUUAUUGGUGGUUAAAGUUUCAGGUACUGGUAAACAUGCACUCGAUAUGAAAUAUCGUGCAUUAAAAACCAAUUUAUCACCCCUAGGUAAAUAUUCUUAUGAUUAUUCGGUUGUAAAGAAUCUACUAAAAGGUGUAGAGGGAAUCAAUGAUUUAAAUAUCUACCAAAUUCAAAAGGAAGGUGAUGUCGAGUCACAUUCAUUACAAUCACCAUCGAAAUUAUUAUUUCAUGGUUCAAGAGCAUCGAAUUUCGUUGGUAUUUUAUCUCGUGGUUUGUUAUUACCAAAGGUUAUUGUAAACAAUGGUGGAGGUAGAACUGAUUUUGGUUAUCUUGGUGCUGGUAUUUACUUUGGUGAUGGUUUUGAUACUGCUUUGAAAUAUGCUCAUCCAUCCUUGAGUAAUGGUAAGAGAUAUGCAUUGGUUUCAAAGGUUGGCUUGGGCAGAGUUUCAAAUCAUCUUAAAAUAAACUCUUCACUUACUCAACCACCAUCUGGUUUCGAUAGUUGUUUAGGUAUUAAAAAGAAUUCAACAAAUCAAUCUGAUUUUCAUGAUAAUGAAUAUGUAAUCUAUAAUACUAAUCAAUAUAGACAAGAAUAUUUAAUUGAAUUUACUUUUUCUGGUGUUAUUAAUUCUCAUAUCAAUAAUAAUAAUAAUCCAGUUUCUUCAAUUACUUCAUCAUUUAAUAAACUUAAUAUUAUACCAACACCAGUAGCUGCAGUAGAACCAAAAAAGAGAACAAAAGAAGCAGUAGCUUCAGUUCCAAUAGCAUCAAUAUCUACAUUUGUUCCUUUACAAGUACCAACACCACCAACAUCAGUAUUCUUCCCAACAACAACAACAACAACACCGGUUGCCACAACAAAUUUAGAAUCAUCAAUGAAAUUUAAUGAAUUUGUGACAUCAUUUAAUAAUAUUUCAAUUGGUGAUAAAUCAAUUUAUCAAGAAGAUUCAACUGAAAAUGAAUAUAGAAAAUUAUUUGUAAAUAAUCGUAAUGAUUCAAAAUUGAAUAAUUUAUAUUUACAUUGUGAAAAGGUAUUUAAAAGUAAACCAACCACCUCUGAAUUACCAAAUGUGAAUGGUGUCGAUUGUAUUAUGGGAUUCAAUGCAAAACAACAUUCAUUUUCAAAUGAUAUCAAGUUUAAACAAGAAUGGAAUAGAUUUAGUAAUAAUAUGUUUGAUGGUUUCAAUUGGUCCAAUGUAUUUAUUGCAGGUGGUUCAGUUUUGGGUUGUUCAUUAGAAGGUGGUAUCAUUGGUAAUACAGGUUUUCAAAAUUCAGAUAUUGAUAUCUUCCUCUAUGGUUUAUCAGAGGAUGGUGCCAAUAGUAAACUCGAUGAAAUCGAACAAUUCAUUAAAUCAAAAUCACCACAAGCUCAAAUGGCUCGUACAAAAUAUGCAAUUACCUUUGUUAGUGGUUCUGGUUUUAGAAAUGUUCAAAUCGUUUUACGUAUUUAUAAAUCACCAGCUGAGGUUUUAAUGGGUUUCGAUAUUGAUUGUUGUUCCAUUGGUUUUGAUGGUACCGAUGUUUAUGCUAUGCCACGUGCCAUUAAAGCCGUAACCACCAGUUGUAAUAUUGUCUCUAUGAGUAGAAGAUCAUUAACCUAUGAAACUCGUUUAUUCAAAUAUGCACUCCGUGGUUUCUCAAUCAGAGUACCAAAUCUUGAUAAACGUAAGAUUCCAAUGGGUCAAAUUUGUUCCAGUGAUGGUAAAGGUUCAACUGGUUUACUUCGUCUCUUAAUUAUGGAAUUUAAAUUUGUCACUGGUAAAGGUGAUCCAUCAUCUUUUAAUUUGGGUGGCGCUAGCGCUUCCGAUUAUAGUGAAAUUGAAAUUCCAAAUGGUCAAAAUUGGUCAGUGAAUAGUGCUGUCAAUUUCAUAAACUACAAAGAGAAGAGUCAAUUCUUUGCCAAAAAGAAACAUGGCUUCAAACAUUGUCAUUUGAUUGUCGUUGGUACUCAAGCAAAAGAAGGUAAAGCAAGUUGGUGUAAAAAGUGUAAACAAGGUCAUACACCAGAGAAUAGUGAUUCACAAGAUGUUGUCACUGGUCCAAUUAAAUGGAUAACAGAGAAUCCAGGUCAACAAAUUUUAACUGGUUCUUUUCAUCCAGUUAAUGAUAAUUCUUGGUAUGAUUUAAAUCAACCAUCAACAACAACAACAACAACAGAUAAGAAAGGUUUGAAUUAUUACAAGUAUAGAAUUAUUAAUAAUUUGGAUGUUUCAGAUAUUCCAGAUUACUCACCAAGAUCACUUUCUUCACAUGGUCCAACAACACAAUUCUUGAUAGAUUCAAAUAAUUUAUUAAGUAUUGCAGCAGGUUUUGGUUCAAAUGUUAGUUUGAAGUCAAUGUUGUCAACCUAUAAACAAUAUGUCAAUACUAUUGAUGACCUUGGUUACUAUCCAAUUCAUUAUGCUUCAUUUAGUGGUAACAAAGAAUGUUUGGAACUUUUGUUACAAAAUAAUGCCAGUACUAGUUUACGUAAUCCUUCCUAUGGUCUUACAUGUGCUAUGCUUUGUAAAUUCUAUAAUCACAAUGAUGCAUUCAAUCGUAUCAUUUCUCAUUCACCAAGAGUUUUCAAAAUUAAAUGCUAUUUAAAUAAGGUUAAAAAUCUUCGUCAAUGGAAUUUACUUAGUUCCGCUCACAAUACCGAACCAGCUAAGCAUUUAGCUCAUCCACCAAUGAUAAUACCAUCUAGUCUUAAAUAUGAUCAACAAUAUUUAUUCAAAUCAGUUUACAAUUCUGACUUGGAGUUAAUAAAGAAACUAUUAUCAUUACCAGAGUUUAAAGAGUGUUUCGAUCCACUUGGUAAUUCAUUGUUCCAUUAUGCCGUACUUUCACCUUAUCCAGAGAGUGUCAUUGCUUUGUUGAAAGAAAAAGGUUUAGAUAUUAACACCACACCAACUAAUAUCUUUGGUCAAAGUGUUUUACACUUUGCUAAAUCAACCAUUGGUACAAUUCAAGGUUGGACAAAAACUAUUUUCCCUCUUGAAAAUCUUGGUAUCAAAUUAUCUCCAAUUUAUUUACAUAAUCAAUUAUCACAAAUCAUUCAAUCAUUAAGUAAAAAUUCAAAUAAUAAUUCUGAUAAUUUUGUUUCUAAAAUACCUUCAACUUUUAUGAAAAAUUAUGUAAAUGAUAAUUCAUUUACAAUUUUAAAUACUUUACAACAACCACAAACUUUUGGAGGUUUUGGUAGUACUUCUCAAUCAUUUGGAGGUUCAACUAUGAUUGGUGGUGGUUUUGGUAGUACUGCUCAAUCAUUUGGAGGACCAGGUCAAUCAUUUGGAGGUCCAGGUCAAUCAUUCGGUCCAAAACCAAUUGCAAGUGGUGGUUUUGGUAGUACUGCUAUACCAUUUGGAGGACCAGGUCAAUCAUUUGGAGGAUCGGCUACAAGUGGUGGCUUUGGUAGCACUGCUCAAUCAUUUGGAGGUCCAAAACCAACCACAAUUGGAAGCAGUGGUUUUGGUAGUACUGCUGUAUCAUUUGGAGGACCAGGUCAACCAUUUGGAGGAUCGGCCACAAGUGGUGGUUUUGGAUCAUCAACACCACAAUCAACUCCAGCUUUUCCAAGUUCAUUUGGAAUUGGAGGUAAAUUUGCUGCUAAAAUUCCACCAUCAGCCUCUAUCCCUGCUAGUGGUUUUGUCCCUCUUGCCUCAAACAUAUCUGCAACUCCAACUGGUUUAUUCAGCAAUACCCAACAUUCUCUAAAAAAUAUUCCACAAAAUAUGGGUGGUAGUAGUGUAUCAAACGUUUCUCUUUCUAUUGCUAAACCUGCCACACUACUCAAUUCUACACAAUUCUUGGAAUCCUCAGUUAUGGCUCAAUGUUUAUACUUGGUAGAUGAUUUAUCAACAACAAAGAAAUUACCAGAUCAAACCGUAAAAAGAAUUAAAGAAUUACUUUUCUCUCUUUAUUUACCAAUCUUUAAUUGUUUUGAAGCUUUCCUUUUAAAUACAAAUGAAAAAGCUUUAAUUGAGAAUCUUUUAUUGGCUUUAAAAAAUUAUGAUCAAAAACAAUAA